GCGUAUGGCUCCGUGUAUGUGUGAGUGGUAGGAGUGAGAUAUGAGUUCACACUCAUACUUCCUAGUUAGGAAACAUCACACCGACCCACUGAGAUGAUCAACAGAUCACAGCGCUACCUGACUGAAGAGAUUGUUUUUCGAGAGGAAGCGAUGCCCCGUUCUUUCCUGGUGAAACGAGGAGGACUGAGGUGGUUGCCUGAAAAUAAACAAUGGCCGACUGAGGAAUUGGUGGAAGCACAGAAGAGGGCCUGGGACGGUUCCUUGCGGCCCGCCUCGGCGGGAACCUUCGACGUGGCGACACUGCUAGCAUGCCCACAUCAGACUCUCCCACCGAGCACUCCGCCUAACAGCCACCAGCUGGUCCAGCUAGCCGGGCCCAAACCUUAUGGUGAGUGUGGCCCUGCUGAGUCUGACUGUCUGGUCAGGUCAGACGCUCGCGGCGUCUCUUCAAUGCCAGUGGCUUCAGAAUAUCCACAGAGAGAGUCAGAGGGACCUGUGGGUCAGCAGAUGUUUAUGGAGAGCAGCAAGGGCGGCCCGAGGCAACAGUGUCCUCUCUGUAACAAGCUGUUUUCCAGUACGUACACUUUAAAGUCACAUCUAUACAAGUGUCACGGGAGCGGUCAGUCACCAGUGGACGCCAUCUUGAGCGGAAUUCAUCCAGACUCUGCAAGCAGGUGGAAGGGCCGGGUGUUUGGCUGCAACGUGUGCGGCAAAGUGUUCAAGCGCUCCUCCACCCUCUCCACACAUCUGCUCAUACACUCCGACACGCGGCCGUACCCCUGCCAGUACUGCGGCAAACGUUUCCACCAGAAGUCCGACAUGAAGAAGCACACCUUCACGCACACCGGAGAGAAGCCUCAUGUCUGCCUCACUUGUGGAAAAGCGUUCAGUCAGAGCUCCAACCUCAUCACCCACAGUCGGAAACACGGAGGCCAACGAACGUAUCGCUGCCCGCGAUGCCUGUUCAGCUUCCAGCACAAGGUGGAUCUGCUCCAACACCAGCUGAACCAGUGCGGACACCGCUGAGA